AUAUCUCUAUCGUUUGGAUUUUUUCGGUGGUUACAGACAUGCACCCUUCACAAAGGUUUCCUCAAGACCUGCGUUUUGAAUAUUACAUCACAGAGAUGUAUGCAAAGAGCUGCAAUCGACUUCAACUGCCAGAAAGUUAUAUGGAAUAGAUCAUUGCCACUCUAGGAGUAAUACUAGAGUAGAGCUAAAGCAUGGUACCUCAAUAACAACCAAAUCAUCAUCAUCUCUUGGCACCAUUCGUCAAAUGAAUAUCCGUGGGGUAUGAUGGG